AUGAAACUUAGCACCAUUUAAUAAUCAGAAGCUUCAAUGAUUUGUAUAAAUCAAGAGGUCUUGUAAAAAUCUACUGAAUAAGUUGGUUUACUUUGGGAUUACUAUUGGAACAGAUUUGUCACUAUUAAAUUUUAUAUUACAUUUACUAAUAAAAAGGAAAUCAAAAUAACAACAACUGAUGGAUUUAUUUUAAGGGUGUAAUAAAUCAUUAGUAUAUUUAAAUUAGAGAUUCAUAAGAAAAUAUAUCCAAUUUAAUACAUAAUUUAGAAUAGAUCAAACAUCUAUAAUGGUUAGAAUAAUCAAAACCUAGUUUAAAUAAAGUUGGCAAGUGGACUCUUAUAUGGAAAGGUCUAAUUGUUAAAAAUGUGGGUGGGGAUUACAUUAAUGGUAUUAAAUAAGGUUAAUGGAAAGAACCAAUACAGAAUUAUUGGACGUAAUUAAAAUAUAUUUCUUUUCUUUUUAGAUUAGCUUAAGUAUAUGAAAUGGGAGAAUACGAGAAUGGCUAGAAAAGAGGAAAAUGGCAAUAUAUUUAUGAAGAUUAAGAAAUGUAAUAAGAAAAUUACAAUAUAUAUUUUAAGAGGUGGAGGUUAAUAUGAUAAUCAGUAUUAAAAGAAUGGAAGAUGGAUUGAAUUGAGCCAAAAUUUUAUGAGGUAUUUAAAAUAAUAAAUGAUCUCUUAGAUAUUGUUAAGUUAUCUAUGAUGGUGAAUAUAAAAAUGAUAAAAAGAUUAAUAAAUGGGAUUUCAAACAUAGAUUUUCAAAUAUUUACCCAUUUGAAUAAAUGUAUCAAUAUGUAAUAUUUUUAAUAGUGGUGGUGGAUCAUAUAAUUAAGAAGGUUCUAAGAUUGGCUAAUGGAUCGAAUUAAUAAAUAAUUUCUAUGGGUAUUUAAUUAUUAUAUAACAAUAAAAUACUUAGUUAAAGAUAAGUUACAUUUAAUGGUGAAUAUGAUAAUUGUCAAAAAGUGGGUAAAUGGGAUACAUAUUUUAGAAGUGACGGUCUUUUCUCAUGUUAAUUUAAUUUAAUGUAAGAAUUUUAAUAAGAUUUUAUUUAUUUAUAUAAUUUAGUGGGGGUGGAUCAUAUGAUAAUCAAGGUUUGAAGAAUGGAAAAUGGGUUGAUUUAAGCAAUAAUUUCUAUAAGUAUUUGAGUCAUAUCCAUUCAAUUAUAAUUAGAUAUAGUUAAGUCACUUAUGAGGGAAAUUAUAAAAAUGGAAUAAAGAUUGAUAAAUGGAUUAUCAAUUAUAAAAGUGAUAAUUUAGAAUAGAUGUAGAAAUAAUUCUAUAUAUUAUUAGUGGAGGUGGAUUUUAUGAUUUACAAGGUAAUAAAUAUGGUAUUUGGAUUGAAUUAAGUGAAGAUUUUAGAUUGUAUAAAUAUAAAUAUAUAUAAAUAAGAGAUAGUUAAAUCAUUUAUAAGGGUGAAUAUGAUAAAGGGAAUAAAGUUGGGAAGUGGAACAUUAUGUUUAGAUAGAUUGAUGUAUUUGAAUAAAUGUAAUUUAAUAAUUCUAUUUAAAUUAAGUGGUGGUGGUAAUUAUAAUGAGUAUAAUACUAAAAUUGGAAAAUGGACAGAAUUAAGCGAAAGUUUUUAUAGGUAUUCUAUCAAAAUUUAUAAUCAAAGUGGAAGUAAAAUUAUCUAUUAAGGGGAAUAUUAUAUUGGUAAUAAAAUUGGUUUAUGGAAUAUUCUAUGGAAAGAUGAAAUGAAAAUUUUCAAUAUGUAUUAAUUUAUUAAUAAAUUUCAAUUAAAUUUAUUAGAGGAGGAGGAUUAUAUGAUAAUGGUUAAAAGUAUGGAAGUUGGAAUGAGUCGACUAAUUACUUUAAGUAGUAAUAUUUAUAUUUAAAUUAAUAAAUAAUAAAGAGAUUGCUUAGUUACAUAUCAUGGUUAAUAUAAGAACAGAUAAAAGAUAGGAAAAUGGUAUAUUAAAUUUAAUAUCAACAAUCAAUCGGAGAAUAUGUAAAAAAUAUAAAUUAAUUUUAGUGGUGGUGGAUCUUAUGAUUAAGAAGGAAUUUAAAAUGGAUAUUGGGAGGAAUUAAGAGAAGAUUUUAGAAAGUAUCUAAAUUAAUUAUCAAUCUUAUACAUCAUAGUUCAAACCAAGUUAAAUAUAUUGGAAAAUAUUAAAAUGGUAAGAAAGUUGGAAUAUGGGAAGAGAUUAAACGCAAUCAAUCAUAUAUGAAUUAAGGAUUUUAGAAUGUGUAAUAAUCUUUAUAAUUUAUAGAGGAUAACUUAUCUAUCCAAAUGAAUAGGUAGAAAAUAAGGAAUGA